ACAUAACGGAUUACAGAUGAUGAAACAACAGUAAGGAACACUUCUUCUGCCUGAUCUGAGGCGAUCAAAAAAGUCUACUCCUACUUGACAAUUGAUCCAUAUAUAACCACAUCUCAGCGCCAGCCGGCCGGCAGAAAGCAUUCCAUCACCACUACACAUCGUCAUAGUCCAGCUAGCCAGCGGACAAUUGAUCCAUAUAUCAACCACUGCAACCAAUGGCUGACGAUUUUCUCUCCAGCCAGCCACAACCAUGGCCGCCUCUUCUUCAGUUAUCAGCUGCUGUGCUCUUCUUCCUCCUCCCCCUCCUCUACCUGCUCUUCCUCAGGGGCAGCAAUGGCGAAGUACGGGGCCGACAGGGAAACUCUGCUUCUGCUCCUUCCCUGCCGGGGCCCUGCCGCCAGCUGCCGGUGCUGGGCAACCUGCUCCAGAUCGGCAGCCGGCCACACCGCUAUUUCCAAGCCGUGUCGCGGAGGUAUGGCCCGGUGGUGCAGGUGCAGCUCGGCGGUGUCCGUACGGUGGUGGUCCAUUCGCCGGAGGCGGCCGAGGAUGUUCUCCGCACGAACGACGUGCACUGCUGCAGCCGGCCGCCCUCACCAGGUCCACGGAUGCUGAGCUACAACUACCUGGACGUGGCCUUCGCCCCCUACAGCGACUACUGGCGUGAGAUGAGGAAGCUCUUCGUCGUCGAGCUGACCAGUGUGAGCCGCGUCCGCUCCUUCGCCUACGCGCGGGCCGCCGAGGUCGCCCGCCUCGUCGACACCCUCGCCGCCUCCCCGCCAGGCGUCCCCGUCGACCUCAGCUGCGCGCUGUACCAACUCCUCGACGGCAUCAUCGGUACGGUGGCCUUCGGGAAGGGGUACGGCGCGGCGCAGUGGUCGACGGAGCGGGCCGUGUUCCAGGACGUGCUGAGCGAGCUGCUGCUCGUGCUCGGCAGCUUCAGCUUCGAGGAUUUCUUCCCGUCGUCGGCGCUGGCGCGGUGGGCCGAUGCCCUCGCGGGGGUGGAACGGAGGCGGAGGCGGAUAUUCCGGCAGGUCGACGGCUUCCUCGACUCGGUGAUCGACAAGCACCUCGAGCCCGAGAGGCUGAGUGCAGGGGUGCAGGAAGACAUGGUCGACGCGCUGGUGAAGAUGUGGAGGGAGCAGCAGGAUAGGCCAUCUGGAGUACUAACGCGCGAGCAUAUCAAGGCAAUCUUGAUGAAUACAUUUGCUGGAGGAAUUGACACAACUGCUAUAACUGCAAUUUGGAUAAUGUCCGAGAUCAUGAGGAAUCCAAGGGUGAUGCAAAAGGCACGAGCUGAAGUUCGCAACACCGUGAAAAACAAACCACUGGUAGAUGAAGAAGAUAGCCAAAACCUCAAGUACCUCGAGAUGAUAAUAAAAGAAAAUUUUAGGCUGCACCCACCAGGGAACUUGUUGGUUCCAAGACAAACCAUGCAACCGUGCUUGAUUGGUGGAUACAAUGUGCCAUCAGGAACAAGGGUGUUUAUAAACAUAUGGGCAAUGGGAAGAGGUCCUAUGAUAUGGGACAAUCCAGAGGAAUUCUACCCAGAGAGGUUUGAGGACAGAAAUAUGGAUUUUAGAGGCUCCAACUUUGAGCUUGUUCCAUUUGGCUCAGGGAGAAGGAUUUGUCCUGGUGUUGCCAUGGCUGUGACUAGUUUAGAGCUUGUAGUGGCCAAUUUGUUGUAUUGCUUUGAUUGGAAACUUCCAAAGGGAAUGAAGGAAGAAGAUAUUGAUAUGGAGGAAAUAGGGCAGAUUUCUUUUCGCCGGAAAGUGGAACUUUUUAUUGUGCCUGUGAAACAUGAACAAUAUCAGCUUAUGGGACACAUAAAUUAAUAUGCAAUUGAAAUAAAUUUCCUAUAAUAUUUUCAUCUCAUAGACAUAUUUUAUUUUUCCCCUUAUAGUUUUGUGUUGUCAUGCUUUAAUUCUUUAAAAUUUUAAGGAACAACCUAGAUUAUGUUGUUUAGCUAUGGCAUUGGCCUGAUUUUCAUACCUUAUUUAAGUUAUUAUUUAAAAUUGGUCCAUCAACUCUCAAAACUAUUCAUGUUUUAUCUAUGGGCCUAAUCUAAGGUGGUUCUUUUU